AUGGACAGGACACAGGAAGAAGACUGGACACAGGCAAGAAGACUGGACCUGGACACAGGAAGAAGACUGGACCUGGAAUACAGGAAGAAGGACUGGACCUGGAUACAGGAAGAAGACUGGACCUGGACACAGGAAAGAAGAUGGACCUGGACCAGAAGAAGACGGGACACAGGAAGAAGACUGGACCUGGGACACAGGUUAGGAAGACUGGACCUGGGAACACAGGAAGAAGAUGGACUGGAACCAACAGAAAGAAGGACUGGACCUGGACAUAGGAAGAAAGACUUGGACCUGGAACACAGGAAGAAGACUGGAGCCACAGGAAGAAGACUAGGACCUGGAACAGGAAAGAAGACUGGACUGGAACACAGGAAAGAAAGGACUGGACCUGGACACAAAAUAAGGUACUGGCCUGGACACAGAAAGGAAGACUGGAACCUGGACACAGGAAGAAGAGCUGACACAGGAAGAAGAUGGACCGGACACAGGAAAAAGACUGACACUGCGAAGAAGACUGGACCUGGAACACAGGAAAUAGGACUGACCUGGACACAGUUAGAAGACUGGACCUGGGACACAGAAGAAGAAUUGACCUCGGGACACAGAAGAAGACUGGACCUGGACACAGGAAGACAGACUGGACCGGACACAGGAAGAAAGACUGGACCACAGGAAGAAGACUGGACCGGACACAGGAAGGGAGACGGACACAGGAAGAAGACUGGACUGGGACCACAGGAAGAAGACUGGACCUGGACACAGGAAGAAGGACUGGGACACAGGAAGAAGGACUGGACCUGUGACACAGGAAGAAGACUGGGACACAGGAAAGAAGAAUGGACACAGGAAAAAAGGACUGGACACAGGAAAGGAAGACUGGGACCUGAUACAGGAAGACAGACUGGACCUGGAUACAGGCAGAAGGGAGACUGGACACAGGCAGAAAGGAAAGGACUGGACCUGGACACAGGCAGAAGAAGACGGGACCUGGACCAACAGGCAAGAAGAAGGCGGACCUGGACACCGGCAGAAGAAGAAAAACGGGACCUGGACACAGGCAGAAGGAAGACUGGACCUGGACACAGGCAGAAGAAGAAUGGACUGGACCAGGCAAAGAAGAACUGGGACCGGGCACAGGCAGAAGAAGACGGGACCUGGGACACAGGCAGAAGGAAAGGGACCUGGACACAGGCAGAAGAAGACUGGACCUGGACACAGGCAGAAAAAGACUGGACCUGGACACAGGCAGAAGAAGACUGGACCUGGACACAGGCAGAAGAAGACUGGACCUGGACACAGGCAGAAGAAGACUGGACCUGGACACAGGAAGAAGACUGGACCUGGACACAGGCAGAAGACUGGACCCUGGACACAGGCCAGAAGACUGGACCUGGACCACAGGAAGGAAGGACUGGAUUACAGGAAGAAGACUGGACACAGGAAGAAGACUGGACCUGGACUCAGGAAGAAGAGGAAGAAGCCUGGACACAGGAAGAAGACUGGACACAGAAAGAAGACUGGACCUGGACACAGGAAGAAGACUGGACCUGGACACAGGCAGAAGACUGGACCUGGACACAGGCAGAAGACUGGACCUGGACACAGGCAGAAGACUGGAACUGGACACAGGCAGAAGACUGGAACUGGACACAGGCAGAAGACUGA